CCCAGACGUAUUCUAGACAAGCCUCCGAAACUCAAACUACGCCUGAUCUCUCCGUCGCCGGUAAAGCGAGCAUUCCAGCCGAAACCGAGAGCAGAAUCAGAAAGAGGGCACAGCGCUUACACGCCGAAGCCAUCCGAACGAUCGAAAGCCGUACCGCAAUCAACAUCCGCACGGACGACCCCUGUACUCAUGAUGAGUAACGCCAAAGUCGCAGGUGCGGACAAGUCUGGCACAGACGCCAAGAACACCACGUCAAAGGCGCUGGUCGAAAAGAAGGAGGAAAAGAAGGACGAGGCUCCGGGAAAAAGUAACACAAGCGUCGCGAAGACUUCUGAGGCUAAGAAGGAGCUCAAGUGCGGCCUGUGUUCCGAUAAGUUCCACGAACCGAAGCUGCUCUCGUGCCUCCAUUCGUUCUGCCUGAAUUGCCUUCGCCGCUAUGUCGAGAAGGGCAAAUUCAAGACCAAGUUCCCGUGCCCCCUGUGCAACAGAAAUAUCGAGAUACCCAAAUCUGGCGGAGUGAAGUCCCUGCAGGCGAACAUGUACCUGGUGGCCUCGGAGAGCGUGGACAAGACGCCCGGAUGUGACAUCUGCGACCAGGGCAGCAAGGCUCUGGAGCGCUGCCUGGACUGCGAGGAGAACAUGUGCGCUAACUGCCUCUCCUACCACAACAAGAUGAAGGCAACUAGGGUUCACAGGACCGCACCAAUAGGCGACAACGCCAAGUCAAAGCCCAAGAUUCAGCAGAAGCAGUUCUGUGACCAGCAUGCACAGGAAGAACUGCGUUUCUACUGCGUCCCGUGCGCAAAGAUCGUCUGCAGAGAUUGCAAGACCAUCAACCACACGGUCCACCAGACGCUUGAACUCAACGAGGUUGCAGACGGCCGGAAACGGGACAUCGCGAAAUCCCUCCGCCUAACAAAAGAGUUCUUGCCCAAACUUCAGUCGCACAUCAAAACACUUCAAACAAUGGCAAAAAGCCUGGAGAAGAAUACACAGGAAACUUCGAAGGAGAUAAAAGCUCAGGCUAAGAAAAUGCACGAAGAGAUUGACCGGAUGGCUGCGGAAAUGAUUUCGGAAAUCAAGCAGAAGAAUAAGGAAAUGGAAAAUACGCUGCAGAGAAAUAUCAAGGCUUCCGAAGUUGUACACGCGUCGUUUGAAUCCAUCAUCCUUGCAGCGGAGUCGUUCAUGAACGUCGGGAGCGAUCAUGACGUCAUUGAAAACUCGAUCAAUAUUAAGAAUAGGGUGGAGAACCUCCCCAAGGAAGUUCCCGUCGAGACGGUGGACUUUCUGGAAUUCAAAUUCAGACCAGGUCCACUUCCAUCCACCGAUUUAUGGACAUGCUUCGGAAGUUGGACGUCUGACGUCGCUGCGAACGUUACCCUGUCCAUUCCGCGACAGAUUGGGCCAGCCAUGGCACUGAUGGUGAGGGAACUGAGCUCGUUCGCGGUGCUCGGCGGGAAAGCUAUCAUUUCUAUAGCGCCCGCGAAGGACGGAAACGCCUGGGUCUGCAACAGUCUGUCGGAGCAUCUCUUCCUGUACACGAAGAGCGGACAGUGCAGGACGCACGUGAAAGCUGGCUUCGAAGUUGGCGACAUAUUUUGUGCCUCGGACGAGAGCGUCAUGAUGUCCUUUCCGUCCCAGCGUAAGAUAAAGCGAAUGACCGCUAACGGACAAAUCAACGACUUCGCAAAUCUGCCGAUGUACCCCGCGGGCCUAACUCAGACAGAGAGCGGCGACAUUCUUGUGUGCGCGAUGGAAAAACUCGGCGAGUCCGUGCGCGGACCCGACUCCAAGGGCGCCAUAUUGAGGGUAAACAACUUCGGGCGCGUGGAAAAAUUCGACAAGGACCGCAACGCCAACUUGUUCACCCGCCCGAUCCGCGUGGCCGUAAACGCUAACAAGGAUAUCAUCGUGUCGGAGUGGGCCAAGGGCAACGACCACGUGGUCGCGCUCACCGGUGACGGGAAGAUGAAAUGGAAGUACCACGGGCCGACCACGUUGGAAUUGAAAGACCAGUUUGUUCCAAACGCCAUCGCCUGUGACAAAUACUGUCAAGUGCUGAUCGCCGACUCGCACAACCGCGCCAUCCAUCUGGUGGACCGAGACGGGCACUUCAUCAAGCUUCUACUCACCGAGAAAGAGGGCCUCGGGGAGCCGUGGUCCGUCGCCGUUGACAGCGAGAACUUCCUCUGGGUGGGCGAUACGGAAGGCAACAUAAAGGUCUAUAAAUACAUGACGUAGGAAGUGACGAUGUUUGUGUCAAUAAAUGCAUAACAGAGAGAAGACUCUAAGUGCUUAUGUACCUUAAUGAUGUUCUAUUUUAGGUAUCAGUGUGUUAUUUCAUUAAUUUUAACGCACCCUACGAAAUAAAACGAGUCAGUGAACUAAAUUUUACGUAACUCUGAAAAUGAAUCUUAAUGCAGUUAUGUAAGAUAUUAUGUGACGUGUGAAUUAUGUGACGUACUGUCCAUUUUCAUGGUCAUGGACAUGUACAAAGUUACGUAGUUUUGUUUUAUAAAUCCAAUUGAUUUCAUCAGUUUCGUGCUUUUGAAAAUACACAUGUACAUAAAUGUAAAGCGGAUGUUUGCACCUGAAUUAAAAAGAAUUGCCUAGGUGAAUCUUGUUUAGCUGAACGUUGAAUGUAACUCAAUAACCAUCAAGAAAUGUUUGUCGACAUUAGCUGCGUAUUGUUUAAUAGCAUGAACAUCAUAACUGCACCGUGUGUAUUUUAUGCAUUAUAUAAAUUAAACUUCGAGUUAUGAUUUGAUCCUUCAUUAAUAAAGGCCAAGGGAUGUUAUCACAGACGCAUAUUUCAUUACUCUUUAAUUUUACAUGAAUGCCAAUUGUAUUGUCUUGUUUUUUAUUUUUAUAUUGUUAUCUUGCAUACUAAUACAGCCAUUUUACGCUUAAUGCAUUCCUGAUGUCCUGUUAACAUUUCGAUAACAGUAUUUAUUUUUGUUUGGGGUUUCCGCUGGGUUCAUCAUUAUUUCUGUAAAGUCCCAGCGGUCAGUUUACCAAACUCACACUCCCUAGGUUCGCUGGGUUACCUCUACUAUGUGCACAUACUUAGUCAGUGGCUGACAACUGCCCAACUAGAAUCAGAGGUAGGGGAGAACGACCGCCGAAAGAAUUGUAUGACCAAUGCGGCAGGGCCGGGGAUCGAACCCGUUAUCUUUCGGAUGUGUAGUCCAUCACUGUACCAACUGAGCUUGCUUAUAACAGUGAAAAGGGUGCAUUUAAAACUUAAACAGAACAAUAAACG